AUGGAAGUGAAUGGCGGAAAUACCAAUGCGAGCAGCUGCGACAUCAAUUGUAAUGCUAUCAACAAUUCCAGCAGACCAAUAGAUCAGUUAUCUAAUGGCUGGAAACGAGUCUCUGAAGGAUCUUCCACUUCACAGCUGAAAGAUGUAGGAGAGCGCUCUGCCAGCUUACCGGAACCAGGAAUCAGUAGAAUGAUUACGGUUGAAAUUAUCAUUCGAGGAAUCGAGGAACAAGCGCAUGCUGCAAUCAUCAGUAUCGCAGGACGUCCAUAUUUGCAGAGACGGUUCUUAGAGAAGUCAACGAAACGUAUCGAAGCACAAGAUACGCACUUCGAGAAAAAUACGCUACACGAGUCUAAGGGGGCCGAAAAGUGUAUGAGAAGCAUGAGUCUCAUGCUUGCUCUCAAACGUGACUGUCUUGAAGCCUUGAGCAUGCUGACAGAACGCAUGGGAGUUUACGAAAAUAAAAUAAAAGUUAUGAGUCCUGAUGUGCAUUCAAAAUUCAAAACGCCAGAUUUUAGUUCUUUAGAAGGCGAUUUUAUAGAAAACUAA